AAGGUGUAAUAACAAAAACGCAACGCUCGGGAUCGGAAGCAAAGAAUAUAAUCUUCGUAAUUUUCGAAGUUUAUUUGUUGUUUUUUGUAGCCAAAUACACAAAAUUUUAUAUAAAAAUUGUUUUUAAGUCUUGUAUGCGAAAAAUAACGCCAGGAAAUUCCAAAGAAAAUCUUCGAUACGACAAAAAUUACGUAGAAAGAAAAAGUGAAAAGUAACUUGCAACUUGCACAAGUGACAACAAAUCAGAAAGAUUAAAAGGAGUAUACACAUAUUUAUACAUAUAAAAUCAUAUUAAUAUUGUGAAAGCAUUUUAUAUUAUUGCAAAAUAAGGAAAUUCCUAUUGAAUUAUCAAAAAGUAUUCUAAAGUGUACAAAGCGAUAUAAAAAUUAAAAGUCCGUAUGUGUAUAGUAGAGAGCCGAAGAAGAACCCUAAAAAUUGAUUUUCCCCAACCAACCAAUCAGCUGUAGUUGAAUUACGGAAAAAAGUGCAGAAUAAAAAAAACGUAUAUAGUGAUUGAAAGUGUGUGAGUGUAUGAAUGCUUGCGUUUGCUUCACUAGUCUGAAAGGCCCCUUAUUUCUCAAUCUCAACAAAUUAAACAAAGUGAAGAAUUUAAAGAAAAUAUUACUUAAAAAACUUUAAAAGCUGCCAAAAAUUAUAAAAUUUUCAACUUUUCAUCAACGUCUUCAUAGACGUUUUCCUCUCUUUGCUGACCAUUGUCAUUCCAAUUCGCAACCAUGAAUAUUGUCGGCGAUUAUGAGUAUAGUUCGAAGGAUAUGUUGGGUCAUGGCGCUUUUGCUGUGGUCUACAAAGGACGUCAUCGCAAGAAACAUUUUCCGGUUGCCAUAAAAUGCAUCACCAAAAAAGGUCUCAUAAAGACACAAAAUCUCCUAGGGAAAGAGAUAAAAAUCCUAAAAGAAUUGACAGAACUGCAUCAUGAGAAUGUUGUGGCCCUACUGGAUUGCAAAGAAUCUCAGGAUUGCGUAAAUUUAGUAAUGGAGUAUUGUAAUGGCGGUGAUUUGGCGGAUUAUCUCAGUGUCAAGGGUACAUUAAGUGAAGAUACAGUACGAUUAUUUCUAAUACAAUUAGCUGGUGCCAUGAAAGCUUUAUAUACCAAAGGAAUUGUGCAUCGUGAUCUCAAGCCACAAAAUAUUUUACUAUCGCACAAUUAUGGCAAAACACUGCCAGCCCCAUCAAAAAUUACAUUAAAAAUAGCCGAUUUCGGAUUUGCUCGUUUCCUUAAUGAAGGCGUUAUGGCAGCCACCUUGUGUGGGUCUCCCAUGUAUAUGGCUCCUGAGGUUAUAAUGUCUUUACAAUAUGAUGCUAAAGCCGAUUUAUGGUCUUUGGGCACAAUUGUCUACCAAUGUUUGACCGGAAAGGCACCUUUCUAUGCACAAACCCCCAAUGAGCUUAAAUUCUACUAUGAACAAAAUGCUAAUUUAGCUCCCAAAAUACCCAACGGAGUGUCGCCCGAAUUACGUGACUUGUUAUUGUGUUUGCUGAGGCGCAAUGCCAAGGACAGAAUUUCUUUUGAAAGUUUUUUCAUUCAUCGCUUUUUGCAGGGCAAAAAAGCGGUCACAUCACCAGGCGAUAUACCAGCAUCAUUGGCUAUGGGUACCACGCCACCUACAAAAUCGAAAAGUCCUUUGCAACAACAACUUGAACAACAACAACAGCAAUUGCAACAACAUUUACAGCAACAGAAGCAACAGCUGCAACAUCAACGUUCAGAAGCAGACGAAGAGGUGCCAGAUGAAAAUGCUGUGUCUGUGGUGGAAAAUCCUGCCAUAUGUGCCACCAUCACCAAUGUUGGCAUUCUAUGUGAAAGCGAAAAUAACACCGAAGAUUCUUCCGGAUCUCAUGAAGAUUCUGAUGAUUUUGUUUUAGUACCCAAAAAUCUUCCAGAAGAUCCCAAUGUUAUAGACUAUGAAAAGAAACAUUCCAAUAAACAAAUGACUGCUGCUGCCACAGCGGGUCAAAAUCAAUCCAGUCCUCCAAGACCCAGCACUUUACCCAUUUCAGAACCAAAACCUGUACCAGCACCAGUAAGACGUUACUCGACGAACAAUACAGCUGCUACUGGCACUUCUCCAGUGGAUAAGAAUCAAGUACGCUAUCGAGCAGAAAAUGAACAAGUCUCUUCGCCCAAACUUUCGAACAUAUCGACGGCGACCCCACAGAUACCCCGUUCACAGCCCAUAAGUGUUAAACAAAGGCCAGAUCAUCGCAAAAGUAGUGUUAGCAGUGAUAUCAAUUCAAUAUCACCGCCGGCUGUACAGUUUGCCAUUGGAACACCACCCACUGGCCGUCAUCGUUCCACCUCGGGUGGAUCGCUAUCAGAGACACCACCACCCUCGGCCCCGAGUACAUGGCAAGUUAGUCCUGGUGGGCAGACACAAUCGCCACUUAGACGAUCCGGACAUAGUUCACCCGUGCUUCCGUCCGCUCUCACAAAAUUACCCACAUUGGGCAGCCCCACCCUUAUAGUGGCCCCCGGUUCGGUGGGAUCUUUGGGCUCUGGCAAUGGUUCUUCAUCGGAGAACAACAAUCAGCAUCCCAUGUUAGGUCCCAGAGCCUUUACAUUACCCGAGCUAGGGGCCACCGGAGGCCUACAAAGUCUUUUAGAUACAAAUGCCGCCGUUGGCGCCGGAGGAGGCAAUUCAACCGAUGUCCAUCAUCACUUGCAUGCAUUCCAUGCUCCCGAAUUAUCCGAGGAGACCCUUAUGGAUCGUGAACACAAUGAAACCUUAUCGAAAUUGAACUUCGUUCUAGCCCUUACCGAUUGUAUACAGGAAGUGGCGGACUCUCGGUGUGCACCACUGUCAGCCCUAAUGGCUGCCGUUUCCAAUGACCAACCUCAAAUCCCACCGCAUGCACCCGAGCAUUGUAAGAGAGCCGAACGCUUAGUGUUGUUGGUUAGAGCUUUGCAGUUAUUAUCAUCCGGUUUAAAUUUGGCUUCACAACAAUUGCGGAGUGGCAAUUUGAAACCUUCAUCGAAUGUGAAAAAUGCUUUGCUGACAAUGAAUUCAAAAUAUCGCAACAUUCUAUUUGAAUCCAAAAAACUAAAUGGCACUGGCCUACUGCAGAAAGCCAAUGCAUUUAAUAUUACCGCUGAUAAGAUUCUAUAUGAUUAUGCUUUAGAUAUGUGUCAAGCGGCAGCUUUGGAUGAGUUGUUAAGUAAUACCAAAAAUUGUUUUGAACGCUACAAUACCGCACAUAUUUUGUUACAUUCUUUGGUCCAGAAAUGCAAUCAUCCGCAAGACAAAAUGCUUUUAAAUAAAUAUCGUGAUGCUGUGGAAAAACGUUUAAAUAUUCUACAACAACAGGGCUACAUAUACGUAACCGAUGAAAACUCUUAAAUACGCUUCGAGUCGUAGAAACUCAUCAUCAUAGCACACAAAUAGAAAAAAAGAACAAAAGCAAAAUCCAAAAGCAUCAAAAUUUAUUUACUUUUAAGCAUGAAAUGAAUACUUAGAAAACCCCCGUCUUUAGAAAACUGAAGUAAUAUAUUUUAGAAAUUACAUUUACGAGAAAGGAUUUCAGAAAGAAAUUAUUGAUUAAUGUGAUGCGUUUUUCCCAUCUCUCCUUGUCCUCUAUUAUUUUAUUGUAUUAGUAGUAAAUAUAGUUUUCCUAAAAUAUUAUUAAAAAAUUAUGUUGGGGAAAUCAUGUGAAAAACUGAAGCUAAACCUUACAAUGAAUCAAUCCAUGGUUAAGCCCAAUUAUGUAAAUAUUUAGAUUUCAAUUUAAUUCAAUUUUUUUUUAAUAUUAUUUUUGAAAUACAAUAUUUAAAAACAAUUUUCAUGGAA